AUGGGUCGCUAUCUGCUUAGCGGGGCCCGGCGAUUUUCAAGCGACAUUUUUCAGACUGUUCGAUCCUACAGUCCACAGCAAAGUCGCUUUCCUUUCUACUUUCGUGCUUCUACCGAUCUUCAAUUUAAUACCCCACGUCCGUCCCUCUGCUCUCGAGCCUUCGGUACCUCCGCUUCGCUGGCCGCGCUCUCCGGGAAACCCUCGAAAUUAGUUGCAGCUAUGGCAUCUGCCGCUGACCUUCCUGUCGCCGUUGAGGGGCUGACCAUCCAGUCGACCUCUGAGACCUCCAAGUUCCCCAACUGCUACCCCUCGUUAAACCCUGUCGACCUCUACAGAGCACACAUUGCGGAGAAGCUGGGUGCCGCAGCUGGCAUCGAGCCUGAGAAGCUUUACUCCAAGCUGCAAUGGACCAAUACACUGGACAAGGGUGACUUGCUUCUGCCGGUUCCAUCCUUACAAAUCAAGAAGAACCCUCAAGAACUGUGCAAGGAGCUUGCAGAGAAGUUCCCCGAAUCUGAUCUGGUUGCGCCUCCUGUCCCAUUUGGCGUCCAUCUGCAGUUCUUCUUCAAGCCCGAACCUCUCACCAAGACCGUCGUUUCCCGUAUUCUGAAGGAGAAGGCUACAUUCGGUACCAAUGGCAACCAGGGUUUGCGAGAUCCCUUGGAUCCUUCCAAGGGAAAGAAGAGAAUCAUUGUCGAGUUCUCGUCGCCUAACAUCGCCAAGCCCUUCCAUGCUGGUCACCUUAGAAGUACCAUCAUCGGAGGUUUCCUGGCGAACCUCUACACCGUUAUGGGUUGGGACGUCAUCAAGAUGAACUACCUCGGUGAUUGGGGAAAGCAAUACGGUCUCCUUGCCAAUGGUUUCAAGCGCUUUGGUAAUGAGGAGGAGCUGCUUAAGAACCCUAUCAACCACUUAUUCGAUGUCUACGUCAAGAUCAACCAGAUUGUCGCGGAGCAGGAGGGUCCUAUCAAGGUUUUGAAGGACCAGAUCAAGGCCAAGAAGGAGAAGAACGAGGAUGUGACUGAGCUUGAAGCCGAGCUUGCCAAGCUCGUUGAUGUUAGCGAGGACGAAAAGGCUCGUCGUUACUUCAAGAGCAUGGAGGACGGAGACCAGGAGGCUCUCGCCCUCUGGCGGCGAUUCCGCGAUCUCAGUAUCGAGAAGUACAAGCAGACCUAUGCUCGUCUCAACAUUGACUUUGAUGUCUACUCUGGAGAGUCUCAGAUCAAGAACGAAAGCAUGACCGCCGCCUACCAGGCUAUGGAAAAGGCUGGAGUUUCGGAGAAGUCCGAGGGCGCUGUCAUCGUUGACUUCACCAAGCACGGCGCUAAGAAGCUCGGAAAGGCCAUCAUUGUCCGCAAGGAUGGCACUCCUCUGUACCUGACGCGUGAUAUUGGAGCUAUCAUGGAGCGUGAUGAGGCCUACCACUUCGAUAAGAUGAUCUACGUGGUCGCGGCACAGCAGGAUCUCCACUUGGCUCAACUCUUUAAGAUCACAGAGCUGAUGGGCCACAAGGAUUUGGCCAGCCGCUGCCAGCACAUCAACUUCGGUAUGGUCCGUGGUAUGAGCACCCGUAAGGGUACUGUCAAGUUCUUGGAUGACAUCCUGAGGGAUGUUGCCGACAAGAUGCACGAAGUCAUGAAGGGCAAUGCCGAGAAGUACGCCCAGGUCGAGAACCCCGAAGAGACGGCGGAUAUUCUGGGUCUGACCUCGGUCAUGGUACAGGACAUGACCGGAAAACGUAUCAACGGUUAUGACUUCAACCUCGAUGCGAUGACCUCAUUCGAGGGUGACACCGGUCCCUACCUGCAGUACGCACAUGCCCGUCUCUGCUCCAUUGUCCGCAAGUCGGGCCUGAACGUUGAAGAGCUGGGCUCUGCCAACCUUGACCUCCUGACGGAGAGCCACGCCAUCGAUCUCGUCCGUCUGCUAGCGACCUGGCCAGAUGUGCUGCUGAACACUACCAAGACGCUUGAGCCAACCACCAUCAUCACCUACCUAUUCCGUAUGACACACAUCCUCAGCUCCAGCUACGACGUGCUCAAGGUUGUGGGAAGCGAGCCCGAGCUCAAGAAGGCCCGUAUGGCACUGUACGAGGCGGCCAGGCAAGUAUUGCACAACGGUAUGAGGGUUCUGGGUCUCAGCCCUGUUGAACGGAGCAUCUCAGGGACGAUCAGUCCCGAUCUGGAGAGAAAUGAUGGAAACAAGUUUCUGGUCAAUCAUACAGUCCACAACUUCGCCUGGAAUGACUUGACGGUCACCGUCAAGGACCGCCGGACGAAGCAGCCCCUCAACCUGAUUGAGGGUAUCAGCGGGAGUAUCCAUCAGGGUGAAUUGGUUGCUUUGAUGGGCCCCUCAGGAUGCGGCAAGACGACUUUGCUCAAUGUGCUCGCGCGCCGGGCAGCUACAUCGGGCGCGAAGACCACGGGGGAAUGCUACGUUAAUAGUGGGAAGCUCGACAAUGCCACCUUUGGCCGGAUCACUUCCUACGUGGAGCAGGAGGACGCUCUGAUCGGCUCAUUGACGGUGCAGGAGACGCUGAAGUUUGCCGCUGACCUUUCGCUGCCAGGCUCUGUUUCAAAAACGCAGCGGCGUGACCGUAUCCAGACUCUAUUGGAGUCUUUUGGUAUUCAAAAUCAGGCUGCGACGCUGGUCGGAACUCCAAUCCGAAAGGGAAUCAGCGGGGGUCAGAAACGGAGAGUAAGCGUGGCAAGCCAACUAAUCACCUGCCCGAAGAUUCUGUUUCUGGAUGAGCCGACUAGCGGUCUGGACUCGACGGCGAGUUACGAGGUGAUUUCUUAUGUCAAGGAAUUGGCGGUAGCGAGCAAUCUCAUCAUCAUCGCAAGCAUCCAUCAGCCGUCGACGACCACCUUUCAACUCUUCGACAAGUUGCUUCUUCUGUCCAAGGGCAAGACCUGCUAUUUCGGCCCCGUCCCCCAUGUAUCGACCUACUUCAACAGCAUCGGCCAUCCCAUCCCCCCAAACACGAACCCCGCAGAGUUCAUUCUCGACAUUGUCAGCUCCGACUUCUCCGAUGCCAAAGGAGCCAAUGCCGUGGAGCGAGUGCAGCACAUCCAGGAAUCCUGGUUGCAGUCCGGCGAGCGGAGCGCCGUGAACGCCCACGUCUCGCAGUUGAUUGAGCACCCCGAAAAGGACGGGAAGAGGAUCGCGAUGGAAGAGCUCUCUCGGCCGAACGCUGCGAGUAUCACCUGGUCACUUUUGCACCGCUCUUUCAUCAAGAGCUACCGCGACGUUGUGGCGUAUGGCAUCCGCAUUGUCAUGUAUCUGGGACUGGCCAUCAUGAUGGGCACCGUCUGGCUACGUCUACAUGAAUCACAAGAGUACAUCCAGCCCUUCAUCAACGCAAUUUUCUUCGGAUCCGCCUUCAUGAGCUUCAUGGCCGUGGCCUACGUGCCCGCCUUUCUCGAAGACCGAGCAACCUUCAUCAAGGAGCGAGCAAACGGCCUCUACGGUGCCCUCCCAUUCAUGGUCUCCAACUUUAUCAUCGGCCUUCCUUUCCUCUUCCUAAUCUCAAUCCUCUUCUCCAUCGUCGCCUACUGGCUUUCCAACUUCCGCCCAGACGCGGUCGCCUUCUUCAGAUGGGUCAUGUGGCUCUUCCUCGAUCUCCUGGCCGCCGAAUCCCUCGUCGUCUUCGUCACCUCCAUCUUCCCCAACUUCGUCAUCUCGCUUGCCCUCGUCGCCUUCGCAAACGGCCUCUGGAUGAGCGUCGGCGGGUUCCUCGUCUCCCCGACGAUCCUCAACCCCUUCUGGAAAUAUGUCUUCCAUUAUAUUGAUUAUCAGGCAUACGUCUUCCAGGGUAUGAUGGUCAACGAGCUCUCGCACAGAACGUACUCCUGCGGCCAGGGGUGCAACUGCAUGUACCAGACCGAUCUUGCGUCGCAGUGCCGCAUCCGAGGAACGGGCGUGCUCGAAACGUAUGGGUAUGCGACUGGGCGGACGGGGAAGUGGGUGGGGAUUCUGAUUGGGAUUAUCGCCGUGUAUAGGCUUUUCGGGUGGAUUGUCCUGGUUCUGAGACGGAGCUGA